AUUACUUAAGUUUCCGUGCUGCCUCAGCUCCCCCAUCUCCAGUGAAGCAUGGGUGCAUGUGCCAGCAUAUGGUCGCUGCUUCACAAAGAGAGAGCAGGAGGCGGUGAGCGCUGCGCCUCCAGCCGUCUUUCAUUACCUUUCUAUCUCGUUGGCUCUGACCCCCUCCUCUCUCCCCAGCGGCCAUGCUGGCCAGCUGGCUGCCGCUCGGGUGUCGCUUUCCUGGCUCCGGAGGAGGCAAGGAGUUGCAUGAGCUUUUUUUUUUUUUUUGUUUGUUUGUUUUUCUAUGGGAGCCUGCUCGUGGGAGAGCAUCAUGGUAACUUGUCGGGAUGCAAAAAGCUCCAUGGAGCUCUCUCUGCGUGUUCCAUAACGCACCGAUAGCAGCCGGGGAUGGUGCUUCAUCGGGCCAUCCAGGCGGCUCGAGUCGGGGACCUCGCGGCCCUGAGGGAUCUGGCGUCCGCUGAUGGCCGCCUCUCUCCGGCCAUCAGCGACGCUCAGGGUGCCGGCCCCGUGCACCACGCGGCCAGGUGCGGACGCCUGGACUGCCUGCAGUUCCUGGUGGGUGAGCUGGGCCUGGCGGCUGACGCCCGGGCCUCGAACGGGGCCACGCCGGCGCACGAUGCCGCUGCCACCGGCAACAUCCGGGAGCUGCAGUGGCUCGUGGAUCGAGGAGGCUGUAACAUCGAGGACAGGGACGCUGCCGGAGCCACGGCUCUUCACCUGGCAGCUCGGUUUGGGUGCGUGGAGGUCAUUAAGUGGCUCCUUUCUGUGGGAGGGGUGGCCAAGGUGGAGACGAACUGCGGAGCGGUACCUGCUCACUACUCUGCAGCCAACGGGGACCUCACCUGUCUAAAACUACUCAUUCAGGAGGCUCCUGGCUGUGUGAACCACCAGACAGCUAUUGGCGCGACCCCGCUGUACCUGGCCUGUCAGGAGGGGCACCUGCACGUGGUGGAGUACCUUGUGAAAGUCUGCAGGGCCGACGUCCACCUGAGGGCCCACGACGGCAUGACCUGCUUGCACGCUGCUGCUCACAUGGGCCACCAGGCUGUGGUGGUGUGGCUGGUGACCUGCACCGAUGCCAGCUUGUCCUGCCAGGACAGAGAUGGAGCAACUGCUCUGCACUUUGCCGCCAGCAGAGGGCACUAUUGCAUCUUGGAGAAGCUGCUUCACAUGGGUUCAAAGGUCAUCAAGGAUUAUUGGGGAGGGACACCGCUUCAUGAUGCUGCGGAGAACGGAGAGCUGGAGUGCUGUAAAAUCCUGCUGGCCAAUCAAGCGAACCCUUCAGACCGAGAUAUUGAUGGGUUCACUGCAGCAGACUUGGCAGAGUACAACGGACACUAUGAAUGUGCCAGAUAUCUCCGUGCCAUGGAGAAAAACGCAUCGUGUGCGGAGAAGACCAUCGAGGUAAUCGCUCCAGUGGAGGAGGAGGUGAAGGUGAAGCCGGCUGUUUUGUCGCAGUGCAGCAGAGAGGACUACUACGGGAGCCUGAGUGACCCAUGCUUGGACUGUCACUGCGCUAACACACAGAUGGAUAGUUUAAAGCAACCUGAGAGUGAGGAGCCCCCUCAGGCCAGAUACCCUCAGCCCUCACCUUCUGCUUCAGCCACCCCUGCUCAUCCUGAGAAGAGCAUUGUCAGUAGAGUAGGGCAGGUUCAGACCGCAACAUCAGUUUUAAAAGGUUUCACCCAGUCCACGGCUGCUGGGACUGAGAAAACUGUCCCUGCUGAGAAGACAAUGUUGCCUGAUGCAAACUUCCUGGCUGAAAGAAAGCUUCUUGGUGACAUGAAGUCCAUCACAUCUUUCAAACAGUCAGGGAUAUCAGGAAUCUUCACCGGACAACCAAACAAGAUGGUGGUCCUUCCCACUGAGGAGGCCAACUUGUCAGACAUCGACUAUCUGGUGCCCACCCACGAUGAGAGAGGUUGCCCCAUAGCUGAGUGGAAGAGGCAAGUCAUGGUGAGACAGCUGCAGGCCAGACUGCUGGAUGAGGAGGAUCAGAGGAGGAAGGAAAAUGGAAGCAGAUAUGCCAAAGUCAGCUGGAGGUACUCCCAAGCCCACAAUGCCAUCCUGGGGCCCUCUGGUGAGCUGUUGACUGAGGAUGAUCUCAUCUAUCUGGAGCAGCAGAUUGCCAACGUCUCCAUGCACAGGAACUGUGAAGGCUAUGAGCUGGAGCUGGCUCGUCUAGCGGAGGAGCUCCGGCACAUCCUUCCAGCUCCCAUAGUCAACAUCACCGUCAACACGCAGUUCAGAAACUUCACGAGUCAAGUUCCCUUACCUGUGUGGUGCGGCCGCAUCUCGGGCAUCGUGAAGAGCAUGUCUCUGCUCAUGACCAACCUGACGGACCAGCCAUACUGCAAGAUGCCCAACACCGAACUGAUCACUGUGUUUUCUCAGACACCACACAGACAGAACUCCACCAGGGGACGCAGGGAGCGGAUAGAGGAUGAAAUCCACCAGUUUGGCGUGUCGGUGAGAAACCUGAAGUCAAACUUUGAGGCACAGAACUCACCGCUGUCAGAUGAGCCACCGGAGUCGGUCGUGUUAAGUUCUUCGCCACCACCCGAGGAAACAAACUCAGAGAAGGAGCCGAAGGUGUUGAACCCAGCCCCAGAGACGGACCAGAACAGCGACUCCGGCAUUGACUAUGACGAGAACGUUGCAGAUGUCCUGGAAACCACCAGCCUCAGAAAAGAGCGCAUAGUCGUCCUGUUCUUAGGCCACUGGAAGAAAUCGGCCUACAGUGUGACGCUGAAGAGCAAGGAUGCGGUGGAGAGGAAGAUGAGUGCCGGAAACCUUGGAGUGGGUGACAAACCUGGUUCGGAUCGCGGGGGCGGCAUGGAGACGGCCCAGUCGGAGAUCAUGAACAGUUCCCUGGGACAUUUCUUCAAGCAGAGGAGUGCUGUCAACAAGAUGCUGGGAAACUGGAGGAACAUGAUUUCCAGUGUCCCUUCCAGACAGAUACGCAGGCUCCACAGGCAGAAAGCCCUCUACUCCCCGGAGCAGUUCUUACCUCGCCUCGACGGCGUCCCCGUAGAGUACGACAGUUUGACCCUGGAUCUCUUCAUGCUGGGCUACUUUCACAUCCUGGAGCUGGAGCUGCCCGUGGACGAGCGCAAAAUGAGGCACCUGCUGUGUUUUGAGGUGUUCGACCACGUCGGGAGCUUCCCCUGGGAGAUGGUCAGAGACUUUCAUAAGGCCGUCAUUCAGGAAAUCGAGGCCGGGAACCGCGAGUGGAAGGACGGCUUUGAGGACAUUAAAGUGAAGUUCUUUGGAAACGCCGUGAGUCAGCCUGAAGCCAUCGCUGACGUAGUGAAGCACAGCCUCCCAGAGGUUAGACAGGUCCCUAAAGUCAUAGUGCAGACACCUACGCCUGAUGAGGGGGUGCUUAACGCGGGAACGGACAUUUCCAGUUUUAGCAAUGAUGAAAUUUGUAAAUACAUUGACCGCAGUUUUGCGUUUUGGAAAGAGAAAGAGGCUGAGAUUUUUGAUUUUGAGUAGUUGCUUGUGUCAUUUUUUUAAAACAUUUUUUGUAUGCUUUAUAGUUAGUUAACAUUAGGGCUGGGUAUCAAACCUGAAUAACGUAUCUGAAGACAGGAACUACCAAAAGCUGGCUCAGGCCGCUUGACCAGGUUGUGUAGCAUUGUUUACCUGUUAUUUGAUUUGAUAUUGCCUGAUCUGAAUUUUGUUAAUUUUAUACUGUUUUAUUUGAUUGUGUUUACAAAUUUAACAUCAGGAAAUUUCAGAAGUUUGGACAUUGUUGCUUAAUUUUUAGAAGUUUUAUUUUUAUUUAUUGCAAUAGAAUACAUGGAGACAUUUUAGUGUUGUAUCAAUCUAAAAGGAUAAUUGCAACCAUACCCAGCCCUAUUACAAAACAGAGUGCUUAAAGUGUGUUUGACUGCCAGUAGACAUUUUGUUUUGAGGUUAAAAGGUUUUGUAGUUAGCUGGUAAGAAGGUUUUUCAUAUUGAAUACCCCAACACAACCCGUGGUCCAAAAUAAAUGAUGACACAGA